CCAAAACAAAACUGACAGACUCGACACGUUCGGUUUGAAGGUAAAAAGCGAUAGGUUAAGGGUGCCUUGAUGAACAGCACAACCCACGUGAGGCUGUUCCUUUGUGAGUUAGAGACGGAGGAAGAUAAAUUUUAUUUAGGUGAAGAAGAAAUUGUGAGAGUCGACAUCAUUGGUACUGUGGUGUACAUCAGCCAAAGGGAGCGAGUCGUUACAUUUCAAAUUGAUGAUGGAACAGGCAUAAUUAAUUGUGUAAAAUUCACCAGCCCUGAGUCUGAAGGUGACUGCGAUCGUCAGCAUUCUCAAAGAGAAAAAGGACAUAAUUAUAGCCUCAAGAAUCUACUUCUGAGUUUAGUUCCCCCAGAGAAUCCCUUAAAACUUGGGGAUCUUGUUAAUGUUCGUGGCCGCUUGAAUAUCUUCAGAGACCAGCCUCAGAUUAUUGUGAACAGUUUACGUAUCCUUUUGGCAUGUGUGUGUAUCUGUGAUGGCAGUUGUACUAGGUAUGCGUUUCUGCUGUGAUAAAGGAGGAUUUAUUAUAUUACAAAUUUGAUUUGUAUGAUUUGCUUAAAUUUUGCAGUAAUUGGUAUUAUGUUUUAUUUAGAAAAUGAUGAAAGUAUUUAUCAUUUUUCUACAUAGAAAUUGUAAUAUAUAAAGAAGAGUUUUCAACAGUGAUCAUUUCCUUAAUAUUUGCUUCAGGUCUUGUUCAUGACGUUAAUGAAGAGUGGUUUCGGGUAUUGGAAAUAAAUGCAUUAAGGAAGAGCAAAGCAGCUUCCAUGAAUAAUGCUAAAGAAUCUGAUAUUCAUAGUUCUGACAGACUGCAUUGUUUCUUUCAGUCAGAAUAAAUACUUAUACAGGCAUUUUGAAAAAAAUCACAAGGUGAUUUGAUUACAGGCUAACGUGAAAUAUGGAAUCUAAAGAUAUCACAAAUAUAGAGAGCAUAUUUGGCAUACGGAAGCGUGCCAGGGAUGUUGACCAUGCUGCACGCACAAAGAGGCGUAGCCUGGCUCGGGAUGCUCGUCGAGUGGAUUUAGAUGACAUUGUUAAGAAGCUACAGGUGCCUUCAAGAGAGGAGUUGCUGGUCCUGGCAGAACAACUGAAAAAACAGAAGGAGUUGGGGACCCUGCAGAGGUUGAGGCUAGGUUUAGUCAGUGAUGAGAGUAUUUCUGCCUUUUUGGAUUGGAAUGGUGCUCUUUAUGCAGUGGUUGGCUGCUUGACAGGUCAAGAUGCCAGCCUGCAGAGAGAGGCAGCAUGUACUCUCAUCAACCUUGCCUUAGGAUCAGAAAAGCAGUGCUUGGACAUUUGCCAGAAAGCAGGAGUGUAUCUUGUGAUGCACAUUUCAAACAACAAUCCACAACUGCAGGAUCCAUGUGCUUGGUGUAUUGGCAAUCUGUGUGGCACUCAUAAGUCUGUAUGCCAGUUGCUGCAGAGGCAAGGGGCAGAGGAUGCAUUAGUGAAGCUGCUUGAAUCUUAUGUCCCCCACGUCACACAGUCUGCUGCAUAUGCCCUUAUGCAGUAUCUUACCACAAUGCCUGAGAGAAUAGAAAUAAUAGCAACUCCUUCAAUGGUCACAAGACUUAUUGAAGGUCUUGGUAAAGUGGAUGAAGGAAUAGCAGAUGUUGGCUGGUGUCUUUUCACUUUGUCAACCAAGAAAGAAGUUUGUUGUGUCCUGGUAGACAAUGGAAUUAUACAGGCAGCAUUCAACAAUCUUGAAAAGUUAACCAAUCAACAGAGCCUCAAUAUAUCAGCUACCACUUCCCUUGUUCGGGUUGUACUUAACUGUGUGGGAGCUGUUCCUGGAGCAUCUGUUGAAGUGUAUCAUCGCAGCGAACAGCUGGUAUCUGUGACCAAGGCUUUACUGUACUCUCCUCAUCCACAUCUACGCACAGAAACUCUUCACAUGCUCUCCAAUGUUAUCAAUGCUGUAUCAGGAGACAACAAUACAGGACAACCCAUCAUUAAUGACUUAAAUCUAAAGUCAAGUUUAGAGACUGCUGUGCGAAGUGCUCUUGCUUCUAGAUUUACUCCAGAUCCUCCCAAUACUUCCAGCUUCCACUGUAAUGCCUAAAAACAUAUAGUGAUAUGAGAUCUUCUGUGAUAAUGGCAUUCUGUUUCUCAAAAUCAAAUUAAAAUUAACCAUGUAAGUUAUUUGAUUUUGGUCCUUUAUCAUUAUGCUGUUUUUAGAAGUUAUCUUUCUACUUACUGGGAGUGCCCACUAAAAAAUAAAAUUAUGAUGUA